AUGGGCCUCCUCCACAAAUCUGACAGCACAGCCAGCACAGCACAGCACAGCACAUCACAGCACAGCCAGCACAGCACAGCACAACACAGCACAGCCAGCACAGCACAGCACAGCGCAACACAGCACAGCCAGCACAGCACAGCACAGCACAACACAGCACAGCCAGCACAGCACAGCACAACACAGCACAUCAUAGCACAGCCAGCACAGCACAGCCAGCACAGCACAGCACAGCACAACACAGCACAGCCAGCACAGCACAGCACAGCACAGCACAUCACAGCACAGCCAGCACAGCACAGCACAGCACAGCCAGCACAGCACAGCACAGCACAACACAGCACAGCCAGCACAGCACACACAGCCAGCACAGCACAGCACAGCACAUCACAGCACAGCCAGCACAGCACAGCACAACACAGCACAGCCAGCACAGCACAGCGCAACACAGCACAGCCAGCACAGCACAGCACAACACAGCACAGCCAGCACAGCACAGCACAACACAUCCAACAAAUCACAGCACAGCACAUCACAGCACAGCCAGCACAGCACAGCCAACACAACACAGCACAGCACAGUCCAACACAGCACAACACAGCACAGAUCAUCCCAGCACAGCACAGCAUAGCACAACACACACAGCACAGCACAGCACAGCACAGCCAAGAACAAUACAACCCAACACAACACAGUGCAGCACAACACAGCACAACACAGCACAGCACAGCCAAGCACAACACACCACAUUACAGCACAGCACAGCACAGCACAGCCAAGAAUAACACAACACAGCACAACACAGCACAGCAAAGCACAGCUAAGAACAACACAGCACAGCACAGCUCAGAACAGUCAAGAAUAACACAACACAGCACAGCACAGCACAGCACAGCAGAGCCAAAAACAACACAACACAACACAGCAAUGCACAGCCAAGCAAAACACAACACAACACAACACAGCAAAGCACAGCACAACACAACACAACACGCACAGCACAGCCAAGCACAACACAACACAACACAACACAACACAACACAACACAACACAACACAGUACAGCACAGCUAGUGAGCCAGUAGUCCAUGAACUGCUGGAGCAACACACUUGCGACCGUGUCAUCAUCGUUGGAGACAUGAACCAGCAUCUCGGUGCAAGGUCCUUUGAAGAAUUGCUAACAAUAUAUGGCCUCUCUAAUCAUGUUGACUUCCCUACACACAUUUCUGGUUCAUCUCUCGAUCCUGUCGUCAGUGAUCUACCGGAAAGCGCCGUCACUUGUACUUCACUCGGCACUGUGGGAUCGUCAGACCACAUGGCUGUGUUCAGCGUGAUCAAAGUCACACCUCAGAGGGAUGGUCCAGUAAUGCGCACCAACUGGCUGUGGAACACAGUUGACUGGCAGGGUCUCUGCGAUGCACUGCAUGAAACGCCCUGGAGCAGCAUCUUUCCUGGUGACCUAAAUAAUCAGGUCAACAACUUUGCACCCGCACUGUUAAGACAUCAAAAGACUCGAUCAGCCCUGGUUCGGUUACCAGUAUAG